UCAUGAGGAGAUCCCGGAAGGGAGGCUGCCUCCUGUUCCAGAAGGUCCCGGUGUGCAAGGGCCGGUGGAAGGAGAGCCUCCAGAAAUCCCAGAAGGAGCGGAGGAAGAGGAUCCGUCCGCAGCGCCAGGAGAACCGGCGCCUGAAGUACCGGCAGCGCCCAUGGCACCAGAAAGCCCUCCAGAACCCCCAGCCCCGAAGAAGUUGCUACAGCCGACACCCAGCUCUGCUGCAAAGUGGGGCUGGUGGCGCAACAGCCGCGUGGUACCAGAGCCCGAUGCGGGCGCUUUCACCCGACAUGUGGUGCGCUUCAAGGACGGGGUGCAGCUGGGGCCGCCGCGCGUGGAGAGGGUUUGGAUAGGAAGGGCGGAAGGUGCGCAAGGCUCGGGCUAUGCCAGCUCCCUCCCAAGCCCGCCGGCUGCGCCCCCCGCCCCCAGCACACUGCCAGCCCUUCCCGAAGCCAUCGGCACCCCCGAAGCCUGGCAGAUUCAGGAAGCGUGGGAUCGUCUGAGCAAGCCGGCUCUGGUGCCCGUGAGCAUCCCGGGCUGUGCACACCUCAGCUAUGGAUCAGCAGCGGAGGCUUGUCAAGACUUGCGACUGGCAGGCGGAGCAGGUGCACCCAUCGUGGUGGUGGCAGUUUCUUCUCAGGGCCUAGCGCGACAAGCCGGAGUACUCCCCGGUUUUACGCUCCUCGCCUUGAACGGCCACGACCUGAAAGGCGGGCAGUUGACACUUUCGGGCGAGGAGCUGCUACCAUCUUUGGCUCGCUCAGCCUUGGGCCAGACGCGUCUGGACUUCAUGGACCCCACCAUGCCGCAAUCGCAUCUGGGUGUUUAG